CCUGCAGCCUCUGUGCUGGUGGUUCCUCAUACCCCUGAGGCAAAAGAUGCAGGAGAAAGGGGCGCUUCUAAGUUGAAGACAGCAAAUGCAGCUGAUACUAUGGUCGUGGUAAAUGAAGAGGCUAAGGCGGAGGAGGUAGAUGUCUCCGCUCAGGUGCCAGAGCGUAAUGAGGGGUCUGAAAAGGAGCUUCCCCAGUGUAUAAGGGAUAGCCCAGGGACUCCUACGGGCUCUAGGUUGAGCCGUCGCUCUGUGCGCAGAAGUCUGAUGGGUAGACCUUCCAUGAUUCGCAGGACCUCGUUGGCAGAGAAGUACUCCCUAGCCAGCAAAAGGGAAAGCAUGAUCCGGAAAUCUAUCAACAGGACAAUGGUCAAGAGGAAGGCAGCUCGAAAGUCGUCUGUGUCCUCCAGUCGCGUGAACUGUCCCAGCUCUGGAGAAGUGCCAGCAGAUGAAGAAACAGUUGUCAAAACCGGGCCUCAUUCUGGACCUUGUACCCCCUCAAAGUUGAAUCUCCAAAGUCCAAGAAUGUCACUUCGCGCUCGGAACGUUAACAGAAAUGAACAGCUGCAGGAGACUCGCAGCAAAGAAAGCAACUUAAAUAAGAAUGGGGAAACCCAGGAACCACCCCAGAGUGCCAGGAGGAAGCCAAGUUACAAAAGAGCUGUGGAUCAACGUUACGACAAUCAGCAAGCAGAAGAUGGAGGGCUUUCUCCUCUGAGAAGAAAGACCCCAUCCCCUCCCUGUCCGGCCAGCAAAGUUGUACGUCCUUUCAAAACGUUUUUGCACACUGUGCAGAAGAACCAACUCCUCAUGACCCCGAGCUCUGUGGGGAGAAAUGGUGUAAUGAAAUCUUUUAUAAGGUACAACACUCCUCUCCAGACUGACCCUAAGGAAAAGGAGAGGCAAAAGCUAGAAACUCUGAGGAAAAAGCAAGAGGCUGAGGAGCUGAGAAAACAGAAAUUGGAAGAAGAAAAAAGACGGCGACUAGAAGAGGCAAAGCUGAAACGUGAGGAGCGUCUGCGCAAAGUAUUGCAAGCCCGGGAACGGGCAGAGCAAAUGGAGGAAGAGAGGAAAAGGCGCAUUGAGCAGAAGCUAGCUCUGUUUGAUGAGAAGACUGAGAAGGUGCGGGAAGAAAGGUUGGCAGAAGAAAAAAUCAAAAAGAAAGCAGCUGCCAAGAAAAUGGAAGAUGCAGAGGCCCGGCGCAAGCAUGAUGAAGAGGCCAGAAAACAAAAAGCACUGCAGCAGGAGGAGGAGGAACGUCGGCACAGAGAGCUAAUGCAGAAGAAGAAGGAAGAAGAGCAGGAACGUGCUAGGAAGAUCGCUGAGCAGAGGCAAGCGGAACAGGAGAGAGAGAAGCAGUUGGCUGCAGAGAGAGAGCUUGAAAGGAAGAAGGAACAGGAGAGGAUCCAGGCAGAAAAGCAACGUGAACAGCAGGAGAAGGCUGCUCGCCUACAGAAGGAGGUGCUGGCUGCUAAAGAACAGCUUCAAAAGGAGCAGGAGGAGCAGUGGCUAGCAGAGAUGAAGAGGCAGGAGCAAGAAGAGAAGACACUGCCAGAGGAACAAAAGGCUAAAGAUGUAGCCCAAACACAGCACCUAGAAAAGAAAGAGAAUUCACCUGUGUGCAAUUCAUACCAGAUGACUCCCCAGGCCCUGAAAGGUCCUAAGCCUCCCAAGAUAAAUCCAAACAACUAUGGAAUGGACCUGAAUAGUGAUGACUCUACAGACGACGAAAGUCAGCCUCGAAAGCCCAUUCCUGCCUGGGCUAGUGGGAAUCAGCUUAGCCAAGCUGUAAUCCGCCAGUACUACAACCCUCCCAACGUUGAUGCGCUCUUUGGGGCGAUUGCGAGCCCUAAGCUGGAGGACAUCUUUUACAAAAGCAAACCACGCUACUUCAAGCGCACAAGCUCUGCUGUCUGGAAUUCCCCACCGUUUGCAGGUGCCAAAUCAGUUCUAGGUCUGCCAUACAGCCUGAAAAAGUACUGAGGUGGGCAGUGGCUGUCUCCUGUGGAACAGCAGGUAUGCAUUUCUGUCCCUCUAGGCGAGGAAGGAGGUUACUAUUUGGUGUCUGUAAAUCCUUAGGUAUUAGCGUUGAAUAAAUGCCAGCUUUUACUGGGCCUUUUACAUUUUCUGUUUUGGGGGUUUAUUUUCUCACUGCUCGGCAAAACCAAACUUUCGGGAGAUCUUGCUGCUGAAAGAUGCAUCUCCUUUUAACCUUAGCCUGAAGUUAGGAAAUGUUUAGACCUUUAGGUUAUCCGAACUCAUCACCUUGAGCAACGUGAUCCUCCCGUCUUCAGCCAAGCAGGCCUGGUAGCUGUUGCUGGCUGUAGAGGAAGGUUGUACGCCAGUACUGUUCCUGCCCGCCUCGAGGCUCAAACCAGAGUACUUGUACAGCUAAGGACCACUGCACGCAUCUUGGGUAGAAUCCAGAUAUGUGCUACUGAACUGCUCCAAGAACAAGAUACUAGCAAGUAUGGUGUUCAUCUGCAAAUUGCAAAGAUAAUUUGAUUGAUUUUUCACGAAUAGACUUUAUGCCAACUUCAAGUGUGAUUGUAUGGAUAAGCUGUAUCAAUAAUGAUGUUUGUCACAGCUCUGGGAAAUUACUGUGAGAAUUUAUCUCCUAUUGAACCUCUCUUUAACUGUUGGAGGAAGACCCUCUGUGUAACUGUCUCCAGAAAAAUCUAGACUAGCGCAAGCAGGCUUUGUUCUAGGCUUCUUUGAAAGAAAUUAUACAAAAGUUCUGAUACUCUUUUUUUCCAAUUUCAUGUUUUUGGCACAAAUUGGGCUGAAGUGAUGAGUUUAGCUUUAACCCCUGGCUUGCUCUUUCCUCCCCUGUGCCUAUUUCAUUUACUCAGCAUCAAAGGUGGCUUUAUUUUUAGGCCUCUAUUUUGCACUUCACAUAUUCCAUAAGACAGUGUCAGAUGGAGUAUUAUCAAAACCCAUUUCCUCUUAACAGCAAAAUCUCAGCUCAGAAUUUCAGCUCCAAAAUCACUUGCUAUUUUGGUCGCUCUUUCUACACCUAAUUCACAAAUGGCACUGAGACUUGUGCAUUCUCUGCAAUGAGCUCCUUUAUAAAAAGAAACUAGAGGUUUCACUAGAGCACUACUUGCUGGAAGAUUUUUAAAGGAAACAGUUGCAUUAUUUCUCUAGGUUGUUGUGGAAAUGUCUCGCACUGGGGUGGCCUAUCUAGUUCUUACCUUAUCUUCAUCUUUUUCUUGAGGCUUGAUUUGUUUUACAGUUGGACAAAUAAGUUCAUGGUUGCAAUUUUAGCAGGCAAAAGACAAAUGACUGCCUUUUUAUGUACAUAUAACUACAGUCAUUAAAAAAAGCUGUACUGGAGACUACAAUACGUGAGGAAACUGCACCUUCCCUUGUGUAUGUAGUUAAUGGACCGUUUUCAAGAAAAUGUUUUUAAAAUGGUGUGGGUUUCUAUAUGUCAAAAUACAUCAACCGCUAAAUGCCCUGCUAUUGAUCAGUGUAUAUCUGUGAGGUGACUGUAUUUCAUAGAUGCUCUAUAUAUUGAAUUUUGUACUACUAUCUUAAAAUGAACAUAGAACCUUUUUGUAAGAAAGCUUACUGAAAUGGCAGGAACGCCUUGAGCGUUGAAUGCCUUUUGAAUGUUUGACAGUAGUCUGAUAAAAGUCAGUUAAACUAUCUCCUCUGGACUUCUCUUCCGGACUCUUCAUAGUUUCUUACUGAGGACACCUGCAGUAUUUUGGAACCUGCCCUUUGGGUUGCUUGGGCACAGUUUUUUUAAAUUAGGAGUGUUUUACCUAGGGAGAACUUCAGAAUUUCUUAUCUAAUAGAAAAGGUGCAUGCUG